AUGGCGCUGCGUCGAUUAUUACCAUUACUCGGUUCACGGGGUCUUCUAAAAACUGCUUUACGACUUAACCAUAAAGAAAGAGGUAUGCCUGUAUCUCGGGUUCUCAGCAAUCCUCCUCUCUUACCCAACUUAUCUCCUUUUGACCCUGGACAAAAUAUUGCCCCGUCAGAGAAGAGAUGGCGAGACUUGAAGCCGCUAGGAAGGGCUAAAAUGGGGGAUUCUACUAUGACAGCAAGGUGGAAACCAGGAUUUUUCAAAAUUAGGAUAUUUAUAGAACCUUGA